ACAGAAUGUUCUUUCUUCUUGAUGUGCAGGGUCCUUGUGGGAGCACCAAAGGCAGAGUCCAAGUACAGCACUUCAGUGAAGUCCCCUGGCGCUGUGUUUAAGUGCCGUGUCCACACCAACCCUGACCGGAGAUGCACCGAAUUGGACAUGGCUCGAGGGAAGAGUCGGGGCAUGCCGUGUGGAAAGACCUGCCGGGAAGACCGGGAUGAUGAGUGGAUGGGGGUGAGCCUGGCCCGGCAGCCCAAGGCUGAUGGCCUCGUGCUGGCCUGUGCCCAUCGCUGGAAGAACAUCUACUAUGAAACAGACCACAUCCUGCCCCACGGCUUUUGUUACAUCAUCCCGUCCAAUCUCCAGGCCAAAGGCAGGACGUUGAUCCCUUGCUAUGAAGAGUAUAAGAAGAAGUACGGAGAGGAACACGGCUCCUGCCAGGCUGGGAUAGCAGGCUUCUUCACUGAGGAGCUGGUGGUGAUGGGCGCUCCAGGGUCAUUUUAUUGGGCCGGGACAGUCAAGGUGCUGAACCUUACAGACAACACCUAUCUCAAGCUGAACGAUGAAGCGAUCAUGAACAGGCGGUACACUUACCUGGGCUAUGCAGUGACGGCCGGCUCCUUCUCUCGCCCGUCCACCACCGAUGUGGUUGGAGGUGCCCCCCAGGAUGAAGGCAUCGGGAAGGUUUAUAUUUUUAGAGCUGAUCGAAGAUCGGGCACCUUAAUUAAGAUUUUUCAGGCAUCAGGUAAAAAGAUGGGCUCUUACUUCGGCUCCUCCUUAUGCGCAGUUGACCUGAACGCGGAUGGCCUCUCUGACCUGCUGGUGGGGGCCCCCAUGUUCUCUGAGAUCAGGGAUGAGGGGCAGGUCACCGUCUACAUCAACAGAGGAAAUGGAGCCCUCGAGGAGCAGCUGGCCCUGAGCGGUGAUGGUGCCUACAACGCACACUUUGGAGAGAGCAUCGCCAGCCUAGGCGACCUUGAUGAUGAUGGGUUCCCAGAUGUGGCCAUCGGCGCACCCAAGGAGGACGACUUCUCUGGGGCUGUCUAUAUCUAUCAUGGCGAUGCUGGCGGGAUUGUCCCUCAGUACUCAAUGAAACUGUUGGGCCGGAAGAUAAGUCCGGUUCUGCGGAUGUUUGGGCAGUCCAUAUCAGGAGGCAUUGAUAUGGAUGGAAAUGGCUAUCCUGAUGUAACUAUUGGAGCCUUCAUGUCUGACAGCGUGGUUCUUCUAAGGGCGAGACCGGUCAUCACGGUGGAUGUCUCCAUCUUCCUCCCAGCCUCCAUCAACAUCACGGCGCCUCAGUGUCACGACGGGCUGCAGCCUGUGAACUGCCUGAACGUCACCGCCUGCUUCAGCUUCCAUGGCAAACACGUCCCAGGAGAGAUUGGUCUCAAUUACGUUCUGACGGCUGAUGUGGCCAAAAAGGCAAAGGGCCAGUUGCCCAGGGUCUACUUUGUGUUGCUGGGAGAGUCCGUGGGUCAGAUCACAGAGAAGCUACAGCUGGACCACAGGGAGGAGACGUGUCAUCACUACGUGGCCCACGUGAAGCGGAGACUGCAGGACGUCAUCAGUCCCAUCGUGUUUGAAGCCGCCUACAGCCUGGGCGAGCACGUGACCGGACAGGAGGAGAGAGAGCUGCCAGCUCUGACACCGGUGCUCCGCUGGAAAAAGGGACAGAAGAUUGCCCAAAAGAAUCAGACUGUCUUUGAGAGGAACUGCCGUUCGGAGGACUGUGCCGCCGACCUGCAGCUCCAGGGUCAGCUGCUGCUCUCCAGUGUUGAUGGGAAAACCCCCUAUCUAGCUUUGGGGGCUGUGAAGAAUAUAUCCCUAAACAUCUCCAUCUCAAACCUCGGGGAUGAUGCCUAUGAUGCCAAUGUGUCCUUCAACGUUUCCCGGGAGCUCUUCUUCAUCAACAUGUGGCAGAAGGAGGAAAUGGGCAUUUCCUGUGAACUGCUUGAAUCAGACUUCCUCAAAUGCAGCGUGGGAUUUCCUUUCAUGAGGUCAAAAUCGAAGUAUGAAUUCAGCGUGAUCUUUGACACAAGCCACCUGUCUGGGGAAGAGGAAGUUCUUAGCUUCGUCAUUACUGCUCAGAGUGGCAACGUGGAACGCUCCGAGUCCCUGCACGACAACACCCUCACGCUGACGGUGCCGCUGAUGCACGAAGUGGACUCAUCCAUCACUGGAAUCGUGUCUCCAACCUCCUUUGUGUAUGGCGACUCUGUGGACGCAUCCAACUUCAUUCAGCUGGAUGACCUGGAGUGUCACUUCCAGCCCCUCAACAUCACCCUUCAGGUCUAUAACACUGGGCCAAGCACCCUCCCUGGGUCAUCUGUCAGCAUCGCUUUCCCCAGUCGACUCUCACCUGGAGCUGCGGAGAUGUUUCAUGUCUGGGAGAUGGUGGUGAGCCAAGAGAAGGGAAACUGUUCUUUCCAGAAAAACCCAACCCCCUGCAUCAUCCCUCAAGAGCAAGAAAAUAUCUUCCAUACAAUAUUUGCCUUUUUCACAAAGUCUGGAAGAAAAGUCUUGGACUGUGAAAAAACAGGAAUUUCUUGCCUAACAAUGCACUGUAACCUUAGUGCACUUGCUAAAGAAGAAAGUCGUACUAUAGACAUUUAUAUGCUGCUGAACACAGAAAUAUUGAAGAAGGACAGUUCAUCUGUCAUCCAGUUUAUGACCCGUGCCAAGGUCAAGGUGGACCCUGCCCUGAGGGUGGUGGAGAUAGCCAAUGGGAACCCAGAAGAGAUGAUGGUGGUCUUCGAAGCUUUGCACAAUCUGGAGCCCCGGGGCUAUGUGGUGGGGUGGAUCAUCGCCAUAAGUUUGCUGGUGGGAAUCCUCAUCUUCCUGCUGCUGGCUGUGCUGCUCUGGAAGAUGGGCUUCUUUCGCCGAAGGUACAAAGAAAUCAUUGAAGCUGAGAAAAACCGGAAAGAGAACGAAGACGGUUGGGACUGGGUCCAGAAAAACCAGUGACCUGCCACACCAGUCACGUGACCCAAUCAUUCACCUGUUGUCCUUGAGCUUUGUAUCUUCCAUAUUUGGAAGAAAGAAUCUUCUCCAGAUUUUUCGGAGGCCCCACUGAUGCUGUUCUCUUCCUCAUGUUACCAAGCCCAGGAGCCAACCUGAGGCAGCCACUCUGGCCAGGUCACAUGACUGGAGCCACCACCCAUGUCCUUUUAGAGAUGAACUCCGACCUUUGGAAAGCAAGUUACAGAGCUGAGCAAUAUUUAUGGAUGCAACACGCGUGGUCAACCCUCAGGGGAAAACUGUUACCUAAAAGUAUUUUUAUAAAUAUAAGCCUUUUAUACUGAUUAUGUCUUUAUAUUUGUAUCGAUGUUUUAUUAUUUCUAUUCAAUAGUUAUAUAAUUCACUCAAGCACUGAUAUCUGGCCUGAAAGCUUGGAAGUACAUGUGCAUUCAUACAAAUUUUAAAUGAUAAAAACCUGAUUGUGCUUUGGAACUUGCUGUUAAAAGAGACUUGCGGAUAAAAUAAUCUGAAGAAAACUCGUGGGGUGAAUCCACGGAGCUGGCGGUGCUGCGUAUGAACUGUGGUGGUGGCGAGACCCCAAGACAGUUCACAUCUUUAUUGCUGGAGUCAAGUUCGAAGUAAUGUGUUAAAGAGCUAUGAGUGGUUCUUCAUAUGUACCUUCCAUUGGAGAUUUCCAGCAGGAAUUUGGGUGGAAAAACCUGAUCCUGGCCCAGGUCCACUCUCUAUCACCUGUACAGCAGACACCAUACCCUCCUCAGCCUGGACUGAGAUGAGAGCCUGGGGCAAGGCCAUUCAGUCAUCUGGUAAACCUCAGAAUGGUGUCUCGUCCUGGACAUCAUGCAUCAGAGUCCACACACCACAGGGACUCAAUCGGUGCUCACCGAGCAAAGACUUGUGUCUGAAUGCUGUGAUGUGUUGCCUUUUCAUCGAGUUCAGAGGUCUCCACUUCCCCUCUCGUUCUUGCUGUCCCAGCGAAUGGUGACUGCAGAUCCCCUCCCAGAGCUGACCGACCAUUCAACCUGUCCUUCGUUUUUAAAAUAGUGUCUUCAGUGAGGUUCCCAAAGAGUGGACUCUGAUACAAGGAUUUGCAUGCAAGUAACUGAUUAAGGGAGCGUCCUGGGCCCAGAAGAUGGCAGUAGGGGUGUGAGGGAAGCAGGGCAGGGGAGGGGAGGAAGCCAGGUAAUCGUGCCAUUUCAGAGGACAUCCCAUGGAGGGUAGCUUCAGCCUGAUCCUGCAAGCGCUCUGGAGGGCGAGUGAGGUCUCAGAGUUGCCCCAACCUAAGGCAAAGGAGCUGAGCUUUCAUAUCCUUGUACCCAGGGGAGGUGUAAACUUCCCACUCUUCUCGGUUCCUGCUGGCAGACCGUCUCCAGUAGCCGGAGGGCAGUCCUCUAAAGGAAAGUUGGAAGUGCAGCCCCAGCCCCCCGGCGGGGGGUGGGGGGGGUCGUCCAGACACAAUGUGAAAGAAGUGAUGCACAGGGAUCUGGGUAUAGCACAGACAUCUGCCCUGCCUCCUGCAUGCACAAGUGCUGAGUUGGGGCCCUCAGUUCCAGUCUCCCCAUUUGACCGUGUUUAUUAUCAGAGGCACUGCUGCCCGGUUUUGAGUGCAAUGUGAUUUUCUAAAAGGGCAAUGAGACGAUGGGUGUAGUGUGCUCCGCACCGCGCCUGGCCCACAGUGAACAGUCAGUGCCUGUGGCAGCUCUGGCUGCUGUCCCCACAAACCCUGUGCUGAGAGAAAAACCAUGUGGCUAAGAAAAGGGUCUGACAGAGUCCUUAAAACCUGUGGCUUACUAUGGCCCGCUGAUGCCCCAGGUACUUAACAGAUGGCAUCAAAUGGGAGUGAAACAAAUAAGACGAAAGAUCUUUCUCGCUCGGCCUUGUUUGCUGGAAACUAACAUAUUGUGGGGUCUGUGAACAUUGUUGCAAAGACACAGAACUGUGCUCCAGAGGAGACAGGUUUUCUGUGCACGUACUUGGCUAAUAUUUGCAAAGAAAUCUCAAGGUGGGCCAGAAUCGUGAGAGUGCUGGGCAGCUGUGAACCCGGCAUGGAACGUAAGUGUCUUUUCAUCCCUCAUUAUGCAGUUGAUUCUGAUGCAGGAAGACGGUGUAUGUAUCACGUGUCCCAUCUGGUGAAUAUGGGGAUAGACAACCAAACCAGAGGGUCUGUGGCAUGAACGAGGCUGAUCUUCGAAAGAAGUCAGGGAUGUUGCUUCUAAUGGAGGGACGGAGGCACAGAGGUAGCCACUGGGCGGAUGCAGGCAAAGAAACCAGUUCUCAGAGUUCACCUGGGACUUUUAUCAAAAGUAGUAAAGGCAGCUUUGAGCGGGUCUUAGUCACUCCUUUCAAGGAUACUUGGUGGCCCCUGCGGUGCUAGGUGCUGCGAGUUCCCCUGAGAACACCACAGGCACGUUUGGCCUGGAAAGCCAGACCUCCCUGCAAGGGGAGUGUAGAGUGUGGAUUCCCUUGAGACCCCACAGGGGGUCUGUAGCUUUCCUUGGAUGGAUUCUUGUUCACUGUGUCACACUGUCCUUUAAUAAACCAUUGAAGAUUCUUAGGUGAUUUUUUAGGCCUGGGUCAGCUCCAUCAGUGGCUUUGGACACAUGCCGCUAUAGCCACUAACCAGCUUCCCGCAAGGGGUGCGGACGCACGGCGGUGGUCUGGAGGAGGACUCACCCUGCUCCUGCGGGCAGCCUCAGAGCCAGGAUCUCUUCGCCUCUGGUCGAUUCUGAUGGUAGACCCACAAGGGUACUCAUACACUCAGGCGAUCACUAAGGCUUCAUAGGACAGUUUUUUAAAAAAUUGGCGUUGGCAUCACCAGGAGCAAACACCGGCAGCCACUCCAGGAAUCUGUCUGGGGAAGGCUGGUUCCACUGCAUGUCCGAUGGGGCCAAGUAGCAGGUGGGGCAACAGGGAGCCAUUUAACACGUGGAUAAAGAUGCCGAGCCACUGUGAGCCCGCUCUCAGCUGGGCAUCUAUCCAGCUCCGCCCCAGCUCAGAAGCUCCCAAGAGGCUCUCAUUGGAAGCAGGCAGGGUGAAUGGUGUCUGUGUGUUACUCCUCCAGAAUAUUCUUUUAAAAGUCCACAGUGCAUUCCCAUUUCUAACGUUCCUGCUCCUAUGGGCUCCCUGUGGAAUCCUGUCAGAUAGUCUCUCUUACCCAACUGUGGCAGCUUUUAGUUACAGGUUCAGUAUGGUUUUCACUGUCAGAAAUAUGGAGGCGCUUUUUAAAUAUGAAAAAGGACCUUUGUAAAAAUUGAGGAAAAUCAUGCCCUCUGUUCAAAAAUGAUUCGCUUAUGCUUCGUUGAUAUGGGACUCAUGAGUUGAGAACAUCCCCACCAUGAGUCCUAGAUCUGUCACCAAGAAGAGGCCAUGAAGUUUAGGAGCAAGGUGACACUAGGAGAAGGAAGUGGGCCCACUGGCUUUAUGGGGACUGACAGGCAGACAUCAGGAAUCAGGUCUCUCAGUCAGCUCUUCGGGAAGAUUCCAUCACCAGGAGGAUUCUGAAGUCUGAUAAAUGUUGUAGAAAAUCCAAUAGCUGUCCUUCACCAAGUCAUGCGUAGCCUACCGUCUUUGAGCCAAAGACAAGGAGGCUAAAAGCAAACAGAAAACUAGCAGGAACAUCUGAGACCUGUUUUCAGUGCGUAAGUAUAAUAGAUCCCCCAAGUGAUACAUGUGCUGUAUGCUACCUGUUAAAGCCCUAGAGGGUCAUUUUUUAAAGGUUAUUCGACUACUUUUAUUUUUGGAAAAGGCUUUAUGGCCAGGGGAAUGCCAUUCAGUUACACAUAGGUCACAUCAGAAAUGUGCAUUUGGUGAAACCUACGUACCCCUGACUCAAACUUCCGGGAAUUUAGAGGCACUGCAGAAGGACGGUCAUGCGGGGAAGGGCCCUGUAGAAGACAGAAGGCAGAAAGUGCGUGUCAUUUCAGAAAAGCUCCAAUGGACAGCGGUUUCGGCAAUGUGCUGCACUGCUCUAUAGAGCAGUGGUAUACACAGUGAGAAUAUUUUCUGAAGCAAAGAAUGGCUGAAGGGAGGAUACGGAGCCAGUAGGGCCAAGAUGAACCUUCUAGAAUGUCUUCCGGUUUUCAGCACGUUGGGGGGAUAAUGAACAAAUUUCCCAUGUGGUGCAAUGCUUUAUAGCACAAUGAUCUAGAUUUCAGACUUUGUUAAGGUUUUGUUUUUUGUUUUUUUUUUUUAAUUCUAACGUGCACGGUGUGAUGGGCAAAGUGAGUUUAAAAGCUUUACGAGUGAUUAAUUGCACGGCAGACACCCACGCUAACUUCACUUCCAGAACUUGACUGAUGCAUCCAUGUAUAUUUCCGUUGAGGAAUUUUGGUGGGAGAGGUGUUCCUCCUUACAAAGUCACGUGUAUUAAAGUCUAUGCAGUCACUUCUAAUUCACUUGCACUGUUUGGGAAAUGCAGGUUUACAAAAAUACAUGUUUGGAAUAAAAAAUGGCUGCAAAUGA